AUGGCCGGCAUCAACGAAGCCCCCCUCAUCAAACGCCUCGCCGUCCCCGGCUCCUGCGCGCUAAUGGGCUUCCUCUCCGUCUCCUCCCAGAUCCUCUUCUACGUCGCCGACGACUCCCUCGCACCCGGGCGACUCACCCGUUCCGAGACAUACACCUUCAACACCCUCCUCGCCUGCCUAUGGUACACAUACUACAAGUCCUGCACCGUCGACCCGGGCCGCUACCCCUUUCCCGACGCCGCCGUCGUCGAGGUGCCCGAGCCGGACGAGUACGGUCUCGUAAGACGCUGGUGCAAGAAAUGCGCCGCGCCCAAACCGCCUCGCGCGCACCACUGCCGGCACUGCGCGCGCUGCGUCCCUCGCAUGGACCACCACUGCCCCUGGACAGGAAACUGCGUCUCCCUCACGACAUUCCCACACUUCCUCCGCUUCCUCGCCUGGACAAACUUCUCCCUCUGGUACCUCGCCAGCCUCCUCUACGCCCGCUUCGCCGCCAUCUGGGACAACCGCCUCCUCCCUUCCUACCUCGGCCCCUCCCUCCCCGUCCUCGUCCUCCUGACUCUCGACACCUUAAUCUGCUUCUUCAGCUCCCUCGCCCUCGGCAUCCUCUUCUUCUCUACCGUCCGCGGCUGGGUCCUCAACGAGACCAUGAUCGAAGGCUGGGAAGUCGACCGCCACGCCGCCGUCUGCGACCGCAACCGCAAGGACGCCGGCGAGUUCUGGUCCAUGACGGGGCCCGAUGGGAAGAAGCUCCGGCUGGAAAAAGUUGAAUUUCCGUAUGACGUGGGGAUUUAUGCGAAUUUGUCGCAGGCCAUGGGUACCAAGAACCCACUGCUGUGGCUAUUUCCCUUUGCGGGCAACCCGCACAUAAGCAAGGACGGCCAUGGCGUCGGAUGGGAGUGGCCCGAGAACGGGCUGAAUCGCAAGGAGGGGAUGUGGCCGCCGCCGGACCCGGAUAAAGUGCGCCGCGCCGCGCAGGGGGGCUGGCCCUCGGCUCGGGACCCCGAGGACAUGGUGGUGCCGAGGUACGGGAGCAAGGAAGAGGAACUCGAGGCCUUCAGGACGCGGCAAGAUGCGGAUCGGCGGCGGUGGCAGAGUAACCGCUCCCGAAUGAUGGAAGAGUUGGAGGAGGUGGAGGGCUACGAUAUGAUUGAUAGCGACUCUGAAGAUGGCUAUGAAGAGGGCGCGGAUGGAGAGCCUGGUUGGACGAAUGCGGACGGCGAACGGUUACAGGAUUUCGGCGUAGACGAGGAUGAGGAUAUGACUGACGACGAAGACGUUCCUCUAGCGGAGCUAGUACGUCGCAGGAAAGUCCUCCAAAAAGACGGAGAGGAGUGA